AUGCCUGAUUGGGUGCGACUUGAUGAUGAUGAAAUAUGGAGGGCAGGCCAAAUCGGAAAGAAAAUCCUAUCCUUAUUGAAAUUGAGUUAUGCUCGUUUGCCAUCUCAUUUGCGAAGAUGCUUGGCAUGUUUUAAUAGUAAUUAUCUGGUCUAUCAUUGGAAGGCACAUGGUUUUCUUGCAACUUCUACAGAAAAAGACUCGCAGAUGGAAGAUGUUGGGAUGCAAUAUUUGGAGAAAUUAUUUUUAAGGUGUUUCUUUCAAGAUGUUGAAGAUCAUGUGCAUUUUUUCACGUUUAAAAUGCACAAUCUUAUAUAUGAUUUUGUUGAGGAAGUUGGACAAAGAGAUUGCAAAACAGUAGAUCUCAGAAUUUUGCACACGGACGUAAAUGCUCGACAUUUGUCAUUUCUUGGCGUUGGAAAUAGUAAUAAAAAAGUUCCAUCUACUUCCAACAAUUUUCGUAGCAUCAUCAUGCGAAGUCUACAAUCUCAGAGUGUUACUGAAUCUUUCGAUAAUAAAUGGAUAUCGAAUUUUAAGUGCCUGAGGCUCUUAUCCUUAAGUGGUUUAAAAUUCCAAGAGCUGCCAGAAUCUGUAGGUGCAUUGAAACAAUUGAGAUUUCUUGAUUUAUCUGAGAAUUCAGAUUUGGAGAAACUCUGUGAGACUAUUUACGAAGUACAAGAUCUGAAGUGGUUGGAGAAGUUGGUGAUAUACAGUUGUCCAAAGCUUAAACUGAAGUGGGAGUUGCAAGAUAAAGACCCCCGUCUGAACCUUAAAGUGUUCAUGAUAUAUGACUUGCAAGUAGUGGACUUACCCCAGUUGAUUCUUCAACGGUCUGCUAACACUUUAGAAGACAUCCGUAUUGAAAAAUGUCCCAAGCUCACAGAAUUACCAACAUGGCUUGCAAAUCUUACAGCCCUUCAAAAACUUGAGAUUAUGAGUUGCUCAGGAUUGUCAUCUCUGCCGGCUGGGAUGGAGAAGCUCACCGCCCUUAGAGAACUGAAGAUACAAAAAUCUCCUCGCCUGAGUGAAAGCUGUAGACAGAAGUCCCUAAACAUUCCUAAUUUGGAGAUUCAUCUUGACCCUGAAGGUGCUUCAUCAUCCAGGGACAAUGAAUGA